GUCUGAUACGUGCAAAAUACAGUCUCUCUCUCUCUCUCUCUCUCUCUCUCUCUAACUUUCCUUGAAUUUCUCGAAAUUGGAGUACUUGACGAGAACCAGGGGGGACGCUGUUGAAGCCCUUAUCGAACUAGAGUCUUUUCUUCACGAACUCUCCAUCCAUCUCCGUGAAAGAAAAGACCAUAACAGGAACAAGGCGAUGAGCGAGAGAGGAGGCUCUCCAGGAGGAGAGAGCCUGCCCGUCCGAGCGAAAGCCGCCAUUUCAGUGUCGAAACAGUGAAGUUCCAGAAAAACCAGCUCCGUCCAAAGCAAAGAUCUCUUUUUUUUAGGUUUUUUUUCUUUCCGCCAAUGGCGCUUUCGAACAAGGAGAUGGAUUCCAGCAAGUACGUGAGGUAUACGCCGGAGCAAGUGGAGGCCUUGGAGAGAGUCUACGCGGAAUGCCCUAAGCCCAGUUCUAUGAGGAGGCAACAGCUCGUUAGGGAAUGCGCCGUUCUCUCCAACAUUGACACUAAGCAGAUUAAAGUCUGGUUUCAGAAUCGCAGAUGUCGUGAAAAGCAGAGGAAGGAAGCAUCUCAUCUCCAAACAGUAAACAGAAAGCUGACUGCCAUGAAUAAGCUGCUAAUGGAGGAGAAUGACCGGUUGCAGAAGCAGGUCUCGCACUUGGUUUAUGAUAACGGAUACAUGCGACAGCAGCUGCAGAAUGUGUCCACAGCAACCACUGACACUAGCUGUGAGUCUGUUGGCAUGAGCGGUCAGCAUCAAAAGCAAAACCCAACUCAGCAUCCACAGAAAGAUGCUAACAGCCCAGCUGGUCUUCUUGCACUAGCUGAGGAGACCCUGACAGCAUUCCUUUCCAAGGCUACUGGAACUGCUGUCGAGUGGGUCCAGAUGAUUGGGAUGAAGCCUGGUCCGGAUUCUAUUGGAAUCGUUGCUGUUUCCCAGAACUGUAGUGGGAUAGCAGCACGAGCCUGCGGUCUUGUGAGCCUAGAGCCCACGAAGGUUGCUGAAAUUCUCAAAAAUCGAACUUCUUGGUAUCGUGACUGCCGCUGUUUUGAUGUAUUGAGUGUAAUCCCUACAGGAAAUGGGGGGACAAUAGAGCUCAUGUACAUGCAGACUUUUGCACCAACAACAUUGGCAGCGGCUCGUGACUUUUGGACACUUAGAUAUACUACAAGUUUGGAAGAUGGCAGUCUUGUGAUCUGUGAGAGGUCUUUGACUUCUUCUACUGGUGGGCCAGCAGCUCCUCCUGCCUCUUGUUUUGUAAGAGCUGAAAGGCUACCUAGUGGUUACCUAAUACGGCCUUGUGAGGGUGGAAGCUCCAUUGUUCACAUCGUAGAUCACGUUGAUUUGGAUGCCUGGAGUGUUCCUGAAGUUCUAAGACCACUCUAUGAAUCAUCCAAAUUUCUUGCACAAGGAAUGACUAUUGCAGCCUUGAGACACUUACGGCAACUUGCACAGGAAACCAGUGGAGAAAUUCAGUACGUUGGGGGCCGCCAACCUGCUGUUUUAAGAACAUUUAGUCAGAGAUUGUGCAGGGGGUUUAAUGAUGCUAUUAAUGGGUUUGCCGAUGAUGGCUGGUCAAUUAUGGGUAGUGAUGGUGCAGAAGAUGUGACCAUUUCCAUAAACUCUUCUCCAAGCAAAUUUCUUGGAUCUCAGUUUAACACAGUGUCUGGGCUCCCAAGUUUUGGGGGAGUGUUAUGUGCAAAGGCAUCAAUGCUUCUUCAGAAUGUUCCCCCUGCUUCAGUUGUUCGCUUCCUGAGGGAGCACCGCUCAGAGUGGGCUGACUUUGGGGUUGAUGCUUACUCUGCUGCAUGUCUUAAAAAUCCCUUUACAGUUCCUUUUGCAAGACCUGGUUGCUUCCCUAGUGGUCAGGUUAUAUUGCCGCUUGCUCAUACUGUUGAAAAUGAAGAGUUCCUUGAGGUGGUUCGCCUGGAGGGUCAUGCAUUCUCUCCUGAAGACAUAGCUUUGUCACAUGAUAUGUUCUUAUUGCAGCUAUGUAGUGGGGUUGAUGAGAAUGCAGCUGGUGCUUGUGCUCAGCUUGUGUUUGCACCUAUUGAUGAAUCUUUUGCUGAUGAUGCUCCUUUGUUGCCUUCUGGUUUCCGUGUUAUACCAUUGGAUCCCAAAUCAGAUGGACCUAUCGCAAAUCUGACCUUGGAUUUAGCUUCCACUCUUGAAGUGAGCCCUGGUGGAUCACGCCCAUCCAGUGAACCUGAUUUGAACUGUUAUCAUAGAUCGGUGCUGACUAUUGCAUUCCAAUUCAUUUUUGAAGACCACUUUCGGGACAAUGUGGCUGCAAUGGCUCGCCAGUAUGUGCGUAGUGUAAUGGGUUCAGUUCAAAGGGUUUCCAUGGCUCUUGCUCCCUCCAGACUGAGUUCCCAUUUAGGACCAAAACAUCUGCCUGGGUCUCCUGAGGCUCUUACUUUGGCCAGGUGGAUUUGCAGGAGCUACAGAGUUCACACAGGGCAAGAUCUCCUCCGAGUUGAUACCCAAGCCAGUGAUGCUGUCUUGAAACAACUUUGGCACCACUCUGAUGCAAUAAUGUGCUGCACUGUGAAAUUAAAUGCAUCUGCAGUUUUCACUUUCGCCAACCAGGCGGGGCUUGACAUGCUUGAAACUACUCUUCUCGCCCUCCAAGACAUAAUGCUCGAUAAAGUUCUUGAUGAAGAGGGCCGAAAGAUUCUACUCUCGGAAUUCUCCAAGAUCAUGCAACAGGGAUUUGCUUAUUUGCCGGCAGGGGUAUGCAUAUCGAGCAUGGGGAGGCCAGUAUCGUAUGAGCAGGCUGCUGUAUGGAAAGUUCUCAAUGACGAUGAUUCAAAUCACUGUCUGGCUUUCAUGUUCAUAAACUGGUCCUUUGUGUAAGGAAUCAUACUCACUCUCUGUAAGACUUAUUAGCUCUAAGUUACAUGUUCAUCUUUGCUAUGUUAAGAACUUAAUAGACCCCCAACUAGCUAGAUCAUGGCAACACCCAGAAUCUGUUGAAACUUAUAUAGUAUGUGUGGUUCAUUUUAGAGAUGUUAAGCUUAAUGGGAAUGGUUUGAAAUGCCUUGGGAAAUCAAUUGAAUGGGCUUUUCAGUGUCGAAAUGCCUUGCCACUGCUAGCUUUGUUGGCACUACUUCAUAACCUACUGUUGUUGGUUUCUUUUGCUCAUUUUCAGAUCAGAGAACAGUAGCCAGUGCUCUACUGGCAUUAACCAUCAUGCAAUUCUUUUGUUAAUUUGCUGAACACAACAAAUAGAUGUGAGCUCAUCUGG